UUCGGUCAGUCAUGUGACUGAAGUCUGACAUGACACAAUAGUGUAAUGAAAAGUGUUGUCAUUGUGAACAAGUCGGGAUGAUGGGGUUGACGAAAACAAGCGCUUGCAGCGUUGUGUUGCUACUUGUCGUGGCAAUUGAUACAGGGUUCUCGAGUCCCCUAAAAUCAAAAGAAUCUUGGGGAUAUGUUGACGUACGCGAGGGGGCACAUAUGUUCUGGUGGCUUUACUAUGCUGACAGCCCGUCCGCCAGCUACUCCCAGCUGCCUCUCGUGAUGUGGCUGCAGGGAGGCCCGGGAGGAUCAGGCUGUGGCUUCGGGAACUUUGAAGAGAUUGGACCCCUGGACAGAGACCUUGAGCCUCGGAAAAACUCCUGGGUUCAGUACUCCAGUGUCUUGUUCGUUGAUAACCCGGUAGGAACAGGCUUCAGCUACACGGACUCGGACGAGGCCUUCGCUACCGACGUGGCUACGGUUGCCUCCGACAUGCUGGUGCUGCUCAAACAGUUCUUCAACAAGGAGGAAGAGUUCCAGGUGGGUUCAGCUUCACACGGGUCGGAUCACCAGGGGUGGGUUCAGCUCCACACGGGUCGGAUCACCAGGGGUGGGUUCAGCUUCACACGGGUCGGAUCACCAGGGGUGGGUUCAGCUCCACACGGGUCGGAUCACCAGGGGUGGGUUCAGCUCCACACGGGUCGGAUCACCAGGGGUGGGUUCAGCUUCCCAGGGGUGGGUUCAGCUCCACACGGGUCGGAUCACCAGGGGUGGGUUCAGCUCCACACGGGUCGGAUCACCAGGGGUGGGUUCAGCUCCACACGGGUCGGAUCACCAGGGGUGGGUUCAGCUUCACACGGGUCGGAUCACCAGGGGUGGGUUCAGCUCCACACGGGUCGGAUCACCAGGGGUGGGUUCAGCUUCACACGGGUCGGAUCACCAGGGGUGGGUUCAGCUUCACACGGGUCGGAUCACCAGGG